CUUUAACUUUUUUUUCCACCACUAGUUCCUCCUCCUCUCUCCCUCCCUCUCUCGGCGGCGCUGCGCUUUCUCCCAGCCUCCGCCAGACCGUGAAUGCGUCUGCAGACCAGCAGCGGACACGCCCCUUUCUCAGCAUUUAAGCGUCACACUGCCGGAAGCAGCGCUAUUAAAGCGGAAUCACCUGCAAACGUCACCUCUCAGAUUCUCUCACCUCUGGUCAGGGACAGCCUCUUCAGAGAAGAUGUCAAGCUCCACGAAGAUGGACAAUAGGAGUGCCAUCAAAGAGUACAGGCAGUUGACCGGCAUCAUGGGUGUCAUGAACGACCUGAGAAAAGAGGGUGCGCUCUGUGAUGUUACCCUGGUGGUUCAGGGGAAACCCUUUCCUGCCCACAGAGUAGUGCUAGCUGCUGCCAGCCACUUCUUCAGGGUCAUGUUCACCACCAGAAUGAUGGAGUCUGUGUCCAGUGAGGUGGAGCUCAGGAGUGCUGAUCCUGAUGCUGUUGAGUUGUUGCUUGAAUACAUUUACACGUCACAAAUCUCAGUGAACAGCAGUAUUGUUGAGUCAUUGCUGGAUGCAGCCAACCAGUACCAGAUUGAUCCUGUAAAGAAGAUGUGUGCAGAGUUUCUUCAGGGACAGAUUGAUGCAACAAACUGCCUCGGUAUUUUAUCCCUUGCAGAGUAUAUGUACUGUCCAGAGCUGAAGGCAGCAGCAGAGGACUUUGUCCAGCUCCACCUCACUGAAGUCUAUAAACUUGAUGAAUUCCUGCAACUGGACGUUACACAGCUCACACGCAUGCUGCACCAGGGCAAAAUCACAGUCAGUUCUGAGGCCCAGAUUUAUGAUGCUGCUAUGCGCUGGCUGAAGUACGACGUGUACAACAGACAACAGUAUGUGGUGGAGGUGUUGCGGUGCGUUCGCUUUCCUCUGAUCUCCAAAACCUUCCUCUCCAAGACUGUGCAGGCUGAGCCUCUCAUCCAGGACCACCCAGAGUGCCUCAAGAUGAUCCUCAAAACAUCCACUGCUUUUGUCCAAGGUGGGAUGAGCUACCACCUGCUGUCUGUGAGGGACCGCGGUGACCGGGGCACGAACACCCGACACCGAGUCCAAAAGCUUGAAUAUCGCAUCGCUGUAUUUGGAGAGACUCAGCGUCGAUUCUGUCACUUUUUCAACCCCAAGGACUCCAGCUUUACAAAAAUUUGUGGCAACUUCAACAUGCCCAACACUGCCAUGGCUGUCUUCUGGGACAACGUCGUGUAUUUUUUGGGUGGUUUACAGACGUCAUCCAUGAAAUGCUACAAUGUUCUGAAAAACAACUGGUGCUCCAAGGCUGGUCCAUCCACACCUCGGAGAAACCUGUCUGCCUGCGCUGCCAGUGGCAAGAUCUACGCAUCCGGGGGAUCAGGAACAGCUGUCUCAGUCCUGGACCUUUUUGAAUGCUACGACAUGCAGACAGAGUCAUGGCAGGUCCAAACCCGCAUGCUGACGGCUCGCCUCGACCACGGUUCAGUGGAGGCCAACGGGCUCAUUUAUGUUUGUGGAGGAAUGGUGGGCACCAUGCUCUCUGUUAGGAUCCUCAACAACUGUGAGGUCUAUGAUCCUGAAACACAUCAAUGGAAGGAGUUGUGUGGGAUGAGAGAAGCCAGGAUGAACCACGGGUUGGUGGUUGUUAACAACAGGAUCUAUGCUGUUGGAGGCCAGGGAACACAGGGUGGACUGGUUUCAGUGGAGUACUACAACAUUGCUACUAAUGAGUGGUGUGCUGCCUCGCCGAUGCCAUGGAGAGGUGUAAGAGUGAAGUGUGUGGCGUUAGGGAGUGUCAUCUAUGUGCUGACAGGCAGGGGGCAGUUGGGGGAGCCACUCCCAAAUGUAAUGGAGUACCACACUGUAACAGACAGGUGGGUGAUGUGCAGCAAGGUGCCAUCGUUUCUCCACGAUGACUGCCUGAUCUGUGUGGUCAGCAUAUGAGGAGUCAGCAAAGACAUGGAGUUCAGACGCUCAGCCACAACCACUGCCUUUUCAUCUGUAUCAUCCUCGUAGGACAAGAUCAAAAUGUUAUCUAUUGUCUAUAUUAAUCUGUGAUGUUUGACAGUUGUAAUGGGGCCUGUCUUUUUAGAAAGUGUCAAUCAUUCCUAGACAACUCACUGUAAUGUGAAAAUUUGUGUGUUUGUUGUGCAAUAAACUGUUUUUUGUUUUUU